AGCAAAAAAGUAAGGUAAAGAGUCGCAGAGCCGCAGCUGGUUGUUGGUUCGCCAAAGAGCAUAUUUACCGGUAACUGCACGUUUUUGACAGAAGUGAAAUGGUUGUGAAACAGUGUCAUUCGAGACUUAAACUGUUUGCUUUCAACCACGAGAUGUGGUUUGACGCAACAUGUAACACAGAGAGAGCGGCUGUAUCAGAUAUUUCUAUCAAAAAGUACGUUUCCACCACAGCUGCUUCGUCCUUUUGUAGCCUCGCACCGCUUUUCAGAAACGUCGGAACUCCACGGAGACAGAGACCAACUCAUGAACAUCUGAUCGCUGUUUCCCCAGUGUUUGUAAGGGAGCUAAGGACAUCCAGCAAAGCCCUCCAGUCUAAUUUGAAUACAAAUCUGCCAUGUGAAAGCCAGAAGCUGUAUUUUGAUACACAUGCAGUGGUCCGGGUCCUUGAAGAAAAUGGCUUCACGUCUCAGCAAGCUGAGGUGAUUGUUAAGAUCUUGGUGAGGACGACCAAGUCAAACAUGGAUGUCAUUUACGGUGACAUGGUAACCAAAAUGCAACAGGAGAUCUGGUUGCAGACUGUGACUUCUCAAAUAUCAGCUCUAAAGAAGGACAUGAUUAUCCUUGAGAAAAGUGAAUUCUGUAAUCUACUGGCAGAGAAUGAGAAACUCAAGAUCCAGUUAGUGCAACUUGGGGUACAGCUAGCUGAUGUGAUGAAUAAAGUGCGUGCAGACACAAUUUUGGACAUGAGUGUGGAGAAAAGCCGUGUCAAAGAAUUGAAAACAGAACAUGAGAAGAAGCUUCUGAAAACAAGAGCUGAGAUUAUGGAAAUGGCUGCAGAACAAGGUCGUCAUUUGACGCGUGCCAACAUGAAAAUUGACACUGAAGUGGCGGGUUUGAAAACCAUGUUAGAGUCACUUAAACUCGAUACGAUAAAAUAUCUUGCAGGCUCAAUUUUCACUUGCCUCACGGUGGUCUUGGGUUUCUAUCGGAUUUGGAUGUGACGACAAGUUUGAACCUUUGAUCUACACUCGGAAUG